UGUUUUUUUGGUAUGGACUUGCAUUUUUGGAUUUUGUUUAAGUGCUGCCUGCUGGCGAGGUUUCGGUUAUAACCCAGUUAUAUACAUCGCCGAUUUCUUGUCGUUAAUGUAAGGGAACACUUUGUCUCUGAUCCGAUAAUUGCUAUUGCAGUACUGAUGCGCCAUGAAUUCCAACAAGUACUUUCGAGCGCUGACGGUCGGAGCCCAUACUUCCAGAAAGACUGCAAUCUCGACGACAUCUUCCGCGGAAGCUGCACAAAAAAGCAGACCGGUCAGCACGGGAGCGAAAAAGAGAACGCAUCAGCAAAAGUCGCUUGACGAAACUUUGACAGAUCGCGCGAAACGAGAAGCAGAGUCGGAUAGCGAAGAUGAUCAAGACGACACCACACCGAGUGGAAAUGGCAUGGAUGCGUCAAGUAGUGAAGAAGAGGAACCGGGCCUUCGUGUUUAUUCCGGCGCUGAUGUACAUGAAAAAGGAGCUCCCCAUCGCAAACGACGAAAUAAAUUACUGCGAAAAUCGGGCGCUCGCGUUGAACAAAUCCGACAGGAAGAGAUUAAUAGAAAGCGAAAGCAAAACAACAUCCAUGUUCUCGGUGCGGAUGUUUGCGAACCCAUAGCGUCGUUCGCUGAGCUGAAAUUGCGCUACAACAUCACCGAUCAGCUGCUGGAGAAUAUCGCGAAUGUUGGCUAUGCCGUUCCUACACCGGUGCAAAUGCAAGCUGUCCCUAUUUUACUCGAGAGAAGAGAAGUUUUAGCUUCUGCGCCCACCGGUUCGGGCAAAACUGCAGCUUUCGCAAUUCCGAUUCUACACGCCCUGGGAAAGCAUAAAACCGUCGGCUACCGAGCGGUUGUUGUUUCUCCAACAAGAGAGCUUGCAAAACAGACUUUCUUUGAAUUUCAAAGACUCGGAGCCGGUAUGGGCUACCACAUUCAGUUCAUCAGUAACACGAUAAAGCUGGAGAAAUUACUCAGAAAGAAACCAAGUAUAGCAAAAAAAAUGGACAUUCUCAUUACCACUCCUAAUAAACUAGUGCAUUUACUACAAGACACGGAAGGAAAAUCUCCUGUUAUCAGCCUGGAGAAUGUAGAAUGGCUGGUGAUUGAUGAAUCGGACAAAUUGUUCGAAGCGGAAAAAGAAGGUGGAUUUCGCGAUCAGCUUGGGGUUAUCUACAAGGCGUGCAGCAGUCCUCGCAUUUGCCGGACCUUGUUUAGUGCUACAUUUGCUGUAGAAGUGGAGGAAUGGUGUAAACUAAAUCUAAAUAAUGUGAUCAUGCUUUCUAUUGGAGCGCGAAACGCUGCAACGGAAGCUGUUGAGCAGAAGUUGCUGUUUGUCGGCAGCACUGGUGCUAAAGUAACAGCGCUACGUCAGUUGCUGAAAGAGAACUUUACUCCACCAAUUCUGAUCUUCGUACAAACUAAACAAGCUGCCAAAGAGUUGUACCGCGAGAUAGGUCAUGAAGGUUUUCAUGCCGACGUCAUACAUUCGGAUCGCGAUCAACAGGAACGGGACCGAGUGGUUGACAGUUUCCGUUCCGGAAAACUCUGGACCCUUAUCGCCACCGACGUGCUUGGCCGAGGUGUGGAUUUCAAAGGAGUUAAUCUCGUUAUUAAUUAUGAUUUUCCCAGAACGUCCAUAAGCUACAUACACCGGAUUGGGCGUGCCGGCCGCGCUGGAACCAAAGGCAAAGCCAUUACACUUUACACAGAAAAAGAUUACGUUCUUCUUCGAAGUGUUGCCAAAGUGAUCAAACGAUCGGGUGGAGAAAUUCCUGAUUUCAUGCUGCAACUUCCAAAAGCUACGAAGUCAGAAAAAGAGCGCUUGCAGUUCCGCUGGAAUCGGCGCAAAACGCACACCGGGAAGCGAAAGCGACCGCAGAAAAUGCCGACGAAGAGUUCUUAAUAAUUUUGAAGAUCAGCGGAAGUGUAAGGUUUUCUUCGGACCGUUUUCCUGUUCUGCUCAUCCCAGCCAGAUUUGUGUUUUUGUCACUCUCAGGUGCACAUUGUGCAUUUUGCGGGUUGUGUGAUCAAUCUCGCAUUUCGGUUGCAAUAAAAUUAAAAUUGAGAAA